AUGAAUGCCUCUGGACUUUAUCUCUUUUCCGGAGAUGGAUCGACGGUGGUGAUGCACGUGAGUUUGAACUUGAAUUCAGGUUCUUCGUCUGAAUUUUUUAGAUUUGGGAGAUUUGGGUUUGAUGGGAGAUUCAAAAUCGUGAGCUUUAUCAAUGGGGGUUUUGUCGAAGAGUUUAUAGGUCCAUCAGAAAUUUGUCAAAUUCUAACAAUUUGUGGGAAGUUGAAACUCUGCUCUGCCGGAACUUGUUCAUGUCCUCAAAGUUUCACAGGAGAUUCACGGGGUGGUUGUGUUCCAGCUGAUUCAUCCGUUUCUCUUGCUUCUUCUUGUGGGAAUAUUAGCAACAUGGACUCGAGUUCGAGUUUUUCGUAUUUGAGAUUGAUGAAGGGUGUUGAUUAUUUUGCGAAUACUUUUAUGGAGCCAUGGUCGGAUUCUUCUUCGUCAGUCGAGCUCGAGAUGUCGUUGAUUCCGGUGUUACCCAUUUGGUACAGCUACAACGAGAUUGCGACUGCGAUCAACAAUUUAAAGACACAAAUAGGAAGUGGGGGAUUUGGUAUUGUUUAUAAAGGAACUCUGCCAGAUAAAACAAUAGUUGAAGUGAAGAAAAUUACAAGCUUUAGAGUGCAAGGAAGGAGGAAUUUUUGUGCAGAGAUUGGCGUGAUUGGGAACAUUCAUCAUGUAAAUUUGGUGCGAUUGAAAGGGUUUUGCUUGCGAGGAAGGCAUCGUCUUUUAGUUUUGGAGUAUAUGAAUAGAGGGUCUUUGGAUGAGGCUCUGUUUGGAGAUGGAGAUGACCCAGUUUUGGAGUGGAAAGAUAGGUUUCAAAUAACAAUGGGGACUGCUAGAGGACUUGCAUAUUUGCAUAGUGGGUGUGACCAUAAAAUCAUCCAUUGUGAUGUGAAGCCAGAGAAUAUUCUUUUGAACGAUAGUUUGGGAGUCAAGAUUUCAGAUUUUGGACUCUCUAAGCUUCCCACUCCUGAACAAUCAGGUUUGUUCACAACUCUAAGAGGGACAAAGGGGUAUCUCGCGCCUGAGUGGCUCACCGGUUCGACCAUUUCCGAUAAGACGGAUGCUUAUAGCUUUGGAAUGGUGUUGUUGGAAAUUGUUAGAGGGAGGAAGAAUUGGUUGUUGCAGGAAGAGGAGAGAGUGUAUUUUCCUUUGCUUGCAUUGCAAAUGCAUAUGGAAGGAAGGUACUUGGAGUCGGUGGAUCCAAGGUUGGAAGGGAAGGUGAGGAGUGAUGAGGUUGAAAUGCUCGUACGAGUGGGGCUAUGUUGUGUGCAUGAGGAUCCAGCGUUGAGGCCAACUAUGGCCAACGUUGUCGGGAUGUUAGAAGGAAGGUUUCCUAUGGCUGACCCGAUUGUUGAAUCCCUUAGCUUCUUGUAUUUAUAUGGACGCAGAUUCACUGAUGCGACCAUGGUCGAAAACUUGACUUUGCAAGAUCCAUUUACAUUGCAAAGAGCAUUGGACAUCAUCAACAACAUCGACAUCAACAAGACAUGGUCAUCCCAUAAUCGCGAAAUGAACAAUAAUGAUGUCAUUUCUACCUUCUCUUACAUUUCAUACCAACAAGUGUCUAGUCUUCAAUAG